AUGUCUGGACAAUGGGGAUCAUCACUAUUUGCAUGUUUUGAUGAUAAAAAUUUAUGUUUAAAAGGAGCGUUUUGCCCUUGCUUGGUAUUCGGUGAGAAUCAAGAGAAACUUGGAGGAGAUUAUACCAAAGAAGCAGUUUUGUACUGUCUAAUCGGUGCUUUGUAUGCAGCUGUCACGAAUAAACGACGUGACUUGAGACAAAGAUACGGUCUUGUCGAAGAUCCAAACGAUUUUCUGGCCACAUGCUGUUGUGGAGGAUGUGCCAAUUGUCAAGAAGCGAGAGAAAUACAAAAAAGAGGAGGAUCUUCCGGACCUGCGCCAGUAUCAUCUCAACCUCGUCGACAAUUUUAA